CUUGUCUCGUCGUCUCUCUUUCUUCUCUCUCUGUCUCUCGCCUCGGCCCUUUGUCAUUGAUUCUUCAAAAUCAGUCUCACUCUCUCUGUUGCUCGAUUCUCGUUUGUUUCCUACCUUCGGAAUCUUAAAAAAAGGUUGAAAAAUGUUUCUCAAAGUCCAGUUACCGUGGAACGUGAUGAUUCCAGCUGAAAACAUGGACGCAAAAGGGCUGAUUCUAAAGAGGGCUAUACUAGUCCAGUUACUAGACGCAUUUGCUUCAAAGAAAGCAACCAAGGAGCUUGGCUACUACGUGGCAGUCACAACUCUGGACAAGAUUGGAGAAGGCAAAAUCAGGGAGCACACGGGUGAAGUUCUGUUCCCGGUGAUGUUCAGCGGAAUGACUUUCAAGAUCUUUAAAGGAGAGAUAAUUCACGGUGUGGUGCACAAGGUGUUGAAGCACGGUGUGUUCAUGAGGUGUGGUCCUAUCGAGAAUGUUUACCUCUCAUACACGAAGAUGCCGGAUUACAAGUACAUCCCAGGAGAGAACCCGAUCUUCAUGAAUGAUAAGAUGUCUAGGAUCCAGGUUGAGGCUACAGUGAGGGUCGUGGUGCUUGGGACCAAGUGGAUGGAGGCAGAGAGAGAGUUUCAGGCGUUGGCUAGCUUGGAAGGUGACUAUCUUGGACCAAUCUUUGAAGAGUGAUCUUGUUGAGAAUUGAGUUCUUGAUUAAAUCUGCAACAAAUAGAAAUCAGUCAGUCGAAGAUCAAAGAAGAAGAAGCAAGGCAGCAAAGCUCCCGUAAAGAAGAAAACGUUGUCGGAGAAGAGACGACGUGAAGAGAGGAGUCAAGCGAGGAGAAGAAAGUCAACAAACCAUUUGGGUUUGUGUUUUGUGAAUUGGGCCAUCGUUGAUGAUAAGGCCCAUAGGAAUAAGUGUUUAGUUAAGGUCCAACAAGAAGAGUUGUGAUAACUAAAGUAAACCUAGUCAUAGUGAGUUGUUAAGAGUUGUUGAAUGUGUAAGAGUGAAUCAAGGACUAGAGUUCCAAUGAGUAAGUAGAGUGGCUACUAGUGUGGCUUGUGUAAGAGAGUAGAAGUAUGGCCUAAGGUAUGGGCAUAAGUGUGUGUGUGGCAAGUGGAGAGAAACUACUAUAUGUAUGUGUGCUUGUGUUGUAAGGAAGAUAUCCUUGAGAUCCAAUAAAGAAAAUGUAGACAAUUAA